AUAAUAUACUGACAUUAAAUAUACGCAUUUAUAUCAUCAAUGACCUACAAAAUAUAACACUAAAUAGGCUAUAAAAGUACAAUUUUAUUUCUUUUGUAAAAUAUUAUAAAUUCGCGAUUGUUUGCCUGUUACAUAUGGCAAAUUUAGGGUUUUAUUCCAGCAAGCGACACAGUGGUUGCGUUGAGCAGAAUAAACAGCUUUGCAAAAUUCUUUUAUAUGAUUGGUUUAUACAUUUAGAUCCGGCAGCAACUAAGAACAAGAAUCAAUCGUGUUAAAGAACUUUACAACAAUUGCAAAACUCCUUUUUCUGCCGAACCAAUCAAAAGGCUAUGUUCUGAUACACACUGCCAGUACUGAAAAUCUAUAGUAUACGUGUCGUGAACUGGCAAUGAAUUUCGGAACACAACUAAUGUCACAGUGAAUCAUUUUAUCCUUGUUUGUUAAAUUAAAGGAUGAAAUGAUUCAGGGCCGAUUGUUCCUAUUGCUUGGUAAACUUAUCUAUUAGGUAAACAUGUGUCUAUUUUUUUUAAACCUGUCAGGUAAAGCUUUCGAAUAAAUCGAAACAAUCAGUUCUCACUGUGUUACACCGGCUGCUGUUGUUUGACAUUAAACAAAGAUGAACGAUGCAUCAUGCGUGAAACGGAACGCGUGUCGCUUGCUGGAACUGUUAUUGCUUCGGGUUGACUUUUAUCGCAGGAAAUCUAACUUUUGAUUGAUUUGGUACUGUAAAUGUUCAUCCUUUGUGCCAAAGUUGCAGUUUUCAAACUUUCGUUACCAUAACCGUGGCCGUAGAAGGGACGGAGAACUAAGGGCAAGAACCAAUCAUAUUACAUCAUACUGAGCACUCGCUGAUUCUUCAAUAUAAUUGGUUAUUUUAUGGUUUUAAUGGUUAUUUUUAAAUUCUUCAUUCCCUUCUCCGAGCGCGGUAUGUAGCAGAGGUCUCUGAAAAUUGCAACAUUGCUCCCGGUCCUUCCGUGACCAAAUUCAUUACACUCGUACGUUGUCGCGAGUGCCGCCUCGUGGUCGAGUCGUCAAGCACGCGAGACGAGGGGGAGACCGUCCAUUGCUUCGAAGAUUUGAAAAUUCAAAACAUCUAACGAGAUUUGUUGGUGCGGUGAUUUGCGUUGGUAGCAGGCACGAGCACGGUCGUACGAGACGGUGUAUCAGCGGAGGCACUCAUCGUCAACGGGACGUACGCUGUCUCGGGAGGAUCGAGCUACCACAGUUGGAAGAUCGAGCGACCGCAAUCGCGAUAAGCAGUCCUGCGAUUGCGUCUCCGAUCACGAUCGAAUGCACCGUGUACCGUGAUUGGAAGUGCAGUUGUAGAGCGAAUUGGAACGCAAGCUUUUUUUCUCGCAAAUUUUCCGAGUUCGUCCAAGGGCGAGAGAGAGAGAGAGAGCGAGAGAGAUUAGGACAACAUGGCGACCACGACCAGGAGAUAGAACAAACAAAUCUUGUAUCUUGUAUGAUUUAAAACUCUGAAAGAGAAAAAAGAAAGGGAGAGAGAUAGAAAGAUAAAUGAAAUAAAGGCAAAUCAAAUCUAAAAUGACGAAAAUAUUUGGAAACUAAGCUUUAGAGAAGCGUACAUCUUGCACAGGCAAAGUUAUAUAUAAGUAACAUUAAUUUAAGUAACUCAAUUUUGAGAUUAAACAAUCUGAUAGCAAUUAAUUAAAAAACAGGCGUUAUUUUUGUUUGCCUUAUAAAUAUUUUUCUCUAACACAAUGCGCGUUGUCAUGCGUUACAUUUGCUAAGUGCAGUUAUUACAUUACGAUUUUUGCAGCUCUGUAUAUUUCACAUCCAUACAUACAUAUAUAUUUAUAAAUUUUGUGACAAGAGAUAGACAGAGUGAAUUGUAGUGUUUCAUUAUUUCUGAAUUUCUAAUUUCAUUGUCAUAUAAUCUCGACUCCUUACGUUAUAGUUGAAUUAUUAUCUGUUGUUGAAUUUUAGAUUUACAUAGUAAAAUCUCAAAAAAUACAACAUAUCUUGCAAAACUGCACUAUAAAAAGAUAUGAAAUAUAUAUGUGUAUAAAAAUAAAAAAAGCAAGAAAAAAUAAAACAAGCUUGAAGCUUUUUAAAUGUACAUCUAAACAUGUGUACAUUUCUUUGAUGAAGUAUUAAUUAUUGCAAGAUACAUUUAAUAAUAAUAAUAAUACUGCGUGCCUUAUUGAUUGCCUUAAUUGUUACAAAUAUCUAUGAGUGCCUUUAAGAACGAAUAACUAUUAAUCCAAAGAAGAGAUCUUCUAAUAUCUUGUAUACCUAUCUUGACUAUGUAUCAUACUGUAUUUCCAUCACAAAUGAUGGUACAAAUAAUGGGAGGACAUCAAUCAAAUGGACAAUGUCCACCAACACAGACUCACACUCUGCAUAUUAAUGGUGUGAAUGCAUUACAUCACUCUGAUUUUCCACAAUAUGGUCCUAAUAUCUCUGGACAUAAUAGACAUCGUACGAUACAGACAGGAUCUCCAUUGGAUUUACUACAAUUAAUAGGAGUCGAUGUACCAUCAUCAUUACGACGUAUAGAUUACAUGCAAUCAAGCAAUAAUUCAUCUUCUUUAAAUUGGGAAAGGCGCAUAAAUACUAACUCAUCAAUUAUACCAUUCUCAAACUAUAAUUUCAGGCCUACAAAUGCUAAUUCAACAAAGAAACCAAACUGGAAUAACAGAAAUAGCAGACGGAGCUCGUAUAGGAAUUUCUCAAAAUAUGAGGCAUAUAACAGUGAUAGUGGAUUUAGUUCUCGUUCAUCAACACCAAAUAAACAUUACAUUGACAAUAGUUUAACAGAGUCUUCAGAUGAACGAGAUUCCACGACUUCAAUGCGAGGACAGUGGCUAAACAAGAAACAUCAUAAAGUACAUCCAAAUAAUAGAGCAUAUAAUAAUACAGCAAACGGUUUAAUUUCAAAUGCCUCUGCACAUCAGUUUUAUCCAUCUCAACGGUCUAAUAGUAAUUAUGAUACUACCAAUUCUAUUCAGAAAUCACAUGCGCAAAAUUAUCAGAACAGGAGAAGAUACUUAUCAGGCAAAAAUGAGAAUGCACCAUCUUCACAAAGAUUUCCACGAAAUCGUAAAUAUUCUGCAGCAACAAAUUACGAUAUGUUACCAGGAAGUAUUGCAGCUCCUGAUAGGUUUCUUGCCAGAUCACAUUUAGUAAAUGUAACUUCUACACCAAACAAUCUCGUUACUGGAUCAUCAUGGGAUAAUCUGUCUGAACAAAUUUGGCGUAAAUUUAUUACGCAUCAACAAACCGAAGCUACUUAUAAAAAGAAAAUGAUGCUAUGGAAACAUCUUAAUACAUAUGUUAAGACUUUACAUCCCAACUAUGGUGUAUUUGUGGUCGGUUCGACAAUGAAUAGCUUUGGUUCAGAUGAUAGCGACGUCGAUAUAUGUCUUUUAGUGAAACACACAGAAAUGGAUGUGAGAAGUAUAGCUCUAGAGCACUUAAUGGAAGUGUUCAAGCAUCUUGAACGAAGUGAUUUUGUUGAACAACUUGAAAUUAUACACGCAAAAGUACCCAUUAUAACAUUCUUUGAUGCAAUUCGAAAAUUUAAAGUCGAUUUGAAUUGUAAUAAUUCUGUUGGCAUCAAAAACACACAUUUGCUGUACUGUUAUUCAAAACUUGAUUGGAGAGUAAAACCAUUAGUACUUGUCAUUAAACUUUGGGCUCAAUUACAUGACAUCAAUAAUCCAAAAUGUAGGACACUAUCCAGUUAUUCUCUAGUUCUUAUGGUUAUACAUUUCUUACAAUGUGGCACCAAUCCUCCCGUUCUGCCAUGUUUGCAUUCAAUGUUUGCAAAUAAAUUUAGAUCGGACGCGGAUAUUUACAAUAUCGAUAUCCAUGAAGAUUUGAACAUUCCUUCGUCCAAUCGUUUACCUGAAAACAAUCAGUCUCUUGGAGAAUUAUUAUUUGAAUUUUUCAAAUAUUACACUGAAUUCGACUUCAGCCAAUACGCGAUAUCUGUACGUUUAGCAAGCAAAAUACCGAAAGAGGAGUGUCGUAUGGUACAAUCGGCUAAAAAUGAUCCUUAUCAAUGGAAAUAUUUGUGUAUUGAAGAGCCAUUUGACUUGACUAAUACAGCUAGAUCAGUCUAUGAUCCGGACAUGUUCUCUAAAAUUAUAUUCAUAUUAAAGUUUACGUAUACAAAACUAAAGCGAACAUAUAGUUUAAGCGAUGUGUUUCAAGAAUGGGAUCUAGUAAUGAUUGGUGAUACUGACUGGGGGCUAACAAUAAGUGACAAAAAAUGAUAAGAUCUUGUGCGACGUGUUUAGUACCUUGUGAUAUUAAGCUUUAUUUUUAAAUAAUUUAAUAUUUGCAAGGUUCAACAAAUACGUUCUCUGUUUAAUAUCCUAUUUUUCCUUUUCGGAGGAUUUUGAAAUCACAAAUGUACAAUCAGGAUGUUACAUAUACAGUUAAUAAUAUGUAACAUAUUACUAACAUAUUACUAAUUGUAUAUGUAACAUCCUGAAAGAAAUGUUGCUAUGCAUCUACUAGCGUGAAAAAAAAACUUCAUUUUGACACAAGAAAUCGGACAUAACACUCUUGUCUGUACUUUAAAAUUGCAAUGUGUGCAAUAAAGCUUGUGAUUUACAUUAAAAAGCUGCAAUAAGUUAAGCUUGCUUAGAUCUCUCUGUAAAUCUUUAACGAGGUAGUUGCAAAGCAUUAGAUGAAAAAAAAAAAACAUUAUAAUGUUGUAGAAUGUUAUUUUAAUAUUAGAUACUUAUUUUUGAAUGACUAGCAAUCCAUAAUUAGAAAAAUUUUCCAUUGUAUUGAUGAUUUUUUUGCAUGUGAUAAUCAUUUUCUAACGUCAUAGGUGAAAUUUUAAACACGGGACUCUUGUUCUCAGGUCGGCGAUAAAAUAUAUGUACCCGCUAAAACACAUUAUUUUUUAUUAGCCCUUUUAAUUUCUUUAUUUUUAUGUGUUUAAAAAGUGAUUGUUCACAAAUAUCACGCAAAUAUCAUGUUAACUAUUAUGAUAAUUUAUAAAGUGUCAUUUUCGAUUAUAUUAGACGAAAAGUUCAUAUAUAAGCAAAUGAGUAAUAUAUUUUAUAUGGUGGAAGUCACAAAUAAUUUUGAUACAACAAUAGUGAUUACUAUUCUGCAAUUGUGUAACUAUUUAAUUAUUUAAUCGCGAUGCAUUAUCUAGUUAAAGAUUUAGAGCGAAAGAGAGCGAGCCUAAGUGAUCAUAGCUUUAAAAUAAGUUACAAGUGUUAUUGCACAUAUUAUAGUUAAAAUUUGAGCAAGACUAAUCGGUUGAUCUACUCUUUUGUAUCAAAAUAAAAUAUUUUUUUAUAUUUUAGUCAAUUUCUUCAUACAUAAUUAAAUAGUUGCACGAUUAAAGCAUAGUAAUUGUUAAUGACUGUGGUAUCAAAAUUAUUCAAUGUAAUGUUUCCAAUGUAUAUUAUGCAUCUUGCACAAGAAUUUUUCGUUUAAUACCGAUGAAUAUAAAAAUGUACGGCUUUAUAUGUGUGACUAUCUUGGUUAUUGUUAACAUGAACUUGUAUUGCAAUAUAAUCAUUUAUUAAAUACGUGAAACGGGAGAAAUUUAAAAGCGAAAAGUAAAAUACAAUAUUUCAUCUGUGACGUUAAAAAAUAAUUAUCAGAUGCAAAAAAAUUUCAGUUAAAAAUAUCUUAAAUUAUAAAUUAAUAGCCGUAAAAAUAAGCAUUCGAUAUUAAAAUAACAUUCUACGAUAUUAAAUAUAUAAAAAUAAAAAAGGAAAUAGUACACUUAUUUUCGUAGUUGCUAUUUCUUAAAAAAAAAAAAAAAAAAAAAAAA